UAGGAUAACUGUCCGACGGUGAUGAAUAAUGACCAAGCAGACAGUGAUUUAGACCAACAUGGUGACGCCUGUGACAACUGUCCCUCAACACCCAAUCUGACACAACGUGAUGCUGAUGGUGACGGUCUUGGCGACGAAUGUGACACAGAUGUAGAUGAAGAUGGUGUUGCCAAUGGAGGUGACAACUGCCCGGAUGUUGUUAACAUUGACCAACUGGACAGUGAUGGUGAUGGAGUGGGCGAUGCAUGUGACAACUGCCCUUCAAAUAGCAACGCCGACCAGGCUGAUACAGACCAGGACUUUGUUGGUAAUGUCUGUGACACUGACACAGACACAGACAGUGAUAGCAUCCAAGAUGACUUGGACAACUGCCCAAACAUCGCCAACAGUGACCAAAAGGACAGUGACACUGAUGGCAAUGGCGAUGCGUGCGACACUGAUGCCGACGGCGAUGGCAUUCUCAACACCAACGACAACUGUCCUCUUGUCCCCAAUGGCAGUCAGACCGAUUCUGAUGGAGAUGGGAUUGGCGAUGACUGUGAAGGUGACUAUGACAAAGAUGGCGUUCCUGAUGGCAACGACAACUGCCCAAAGAACGCCCAGGUCUUCACUACAGAAUUCAAAAGAGUGAUGGUGGUUCCCUUGGAAGAGCCCUAUCACACACCCAAUUGGUAUUUUUUACCUGGAAGGACAGGGUUCUACCAAAGAGAAGAAGGAGAGACCUCUGCUGCCAUCGGUGAUGUGAGUCUUGGCAGCGUUGACUUCGAAGGAACCUUUACGAUUGAGAGCACUGACGAUGACUUCGUUGGAUUUGUUUUCAGUUUCCAAGAAAACCGCAAGUUCUACAUGGUGAAUUUUAAACAGGAAGCUCAGAAGUUGAGCUCGACUGCGAUCAGCGAUCAGGGUCUUCAUCUCAAGCUCGUCGACUCUGCUACAGGACCAGGAGGGAACGAUCUUCAGUAUGCGAUCUAUAACACCGCGAGUGUCGCAAAUCAAGUCACUCUCCUCUGGCAAGACGCGAGCGUAACGUGGAAGCCCAACACGUUCUACCACUGGAAGGUGAUCCAUCGGCCCAAAAUAGGGCUCCUGCGGCUCACCAUGUACGAGAAUGGCAAGUUCUUAAGCGACUCCGGCAACGUCUACGACUCCCGGCUCAAAGGCGGUCGGCUCGGGGCGCUCAGCAACUCGCAGAGGAGGAUUCUGUGGGUCUACAUGAAGUACAGCUGCAACGAGAAAGUGCCUCAGGCUGUAUACAACGACCUGCCACCAGCUCUCCAGGCCCAAGUGGAGAUCGACGAUGGAAGCUAUCAACCCACUGGAAUAUAAAACCCAUCGGAUUGUGCAGUAGUAGGUGUUCUAAUCUGGGUCUGUAUUU